AUGUCACGGUGCGAACCGUGGUGCUUAGUAAGAGGAAGAUCACGUCACGUGAUCUCCGACCUGUUUAUCCGAACUUCAGUUCUAGAUCCUGUUGUAGCUCUUCGAGCUACGUCUUGUAUAAUAGCCUGCCCCUGUCUGUACCUGUCAAUGGGAAUCUGA